AUGCCGAAACUGUCCAAAAAUGCCAAAAAUGUCAAAAAUGCCAAAAAUGCCAAAAAUGCCAAAAAUGCCGAAAUGUCAAAACUGACAAAAAUGCCAAAAAAUGCCGAAACUGUCCAAAAAUGCCAAAAAUGCCAAAAAUGCCAAAAUGUCAAAACUGACAAAAAUGCCAAAAAAUGCCAAAACU